CCGGGGCUCGCGCCGAGGGCUCGCGCCCCUGCCUCGUGCCUGCGCCGCUCGUAUGUAAAUGAGGGCGCGUGACGCGGGACGCAGAUGGACAAGGGAAGAGAGAGAAUGGCCGCUGCCGCCGCCGCUGCUGCCGCCGCCGCCGCCGCUGCUCAGUGCCGGAGCCCUCGGUGCGCGGCGGAGAGGAGAGGAUUCCGGCGGGAACUCGACUCCUGGCGCCACCGCCUCAUGCACUGUGUAGGUUUUGAGAGUAUUUUAGAAGGGCUUUAUGGACCACGGCUACGAAGAGACCUCAGUUUAUUUGAAGACUGUGAACCAGAAGAGCUGACUGACUGGUCUAUGGAUGAAAAAUGUUCAUUUUGUAAUCUACAGAGAGAAGCAGUCAGUGAUUGUAUACCAUCUCUUGAUUCUUCACAGUCAACACCAACGGAGGAACUUUCAUCUCAGGGCCAGUCCAACACUGAAAAGAUUGAAUGCCAAGCAGAAAAUUACCUAAAUGCACUCUUUCGAAAGAAAGAUCUUCCUCAGAACUGUGAUCCUAACAUUCCCUUAGUUGCUCAGGAAUUAAUGAAAAAGAUGAUACGUCAGUUUGCAAUUGAGUAUAUUUCAAAAAGUGGUAAAAUUCAAGAAAAUAGAAAUGGUUCAAUUGGACCAAGUCUAAUAUGUAAAAGUAUCCAAAUGAAUCAAGCAGAAAACUCCCUUCAGGAAGAGCAGGAAGGCCCCUUAGACCUCACUGUGAAUCGAAUGCAAGAACAAAAUACUCAGCAAGGGGAUGGAGUGUUAGAUCUCUCUACAAAGAAAACCAGCAUAAAAUCUGAAGAGUCAUCCAUAUGUGAUCCUUCUUCUGAAAAUUCAAUGGCUGGUUCAACUGUUGAUGCAAAAUCAGAGGAAGCUACUAAAAUGGAAAAAGAAAAAUCAACAUUAAGCAAAGUUUUGGAAUCUUUGUGCAUACAUCAUCAGCAACAAGUUUUGGCCAUGUUGAAAUUUCUAGUCCAAGAGCAAAAUACUGCUUCUCUUUGCUAUUGUAAUACAUCAUAUACUGUGUCUUCAGAAUCUCAAAAGCCCCUAAUCGAAGAUAAGUUACAUGGUCUAUUCUGUAGUGAAUAUAGGCUGGCAGAAAGAGGGUGUUUACAAAAUGAAAGACAGAGCCCUGGUGUUGUGCCUCUGCCAGUCUGUAUUAAAGAUUUACAUUGUUUAUCUUGCCAAACUGUAACUAUUGAACACAUUAAGACAGUAGUGAAUAGAGGAAUUGCGAACAGUUAUAAUUCUCACAGGUGCUGUUCUGGACUAUUACCAAACAUUCACUCUGUAAAAUCAACCCUUCACACUCCUCUUUCAUCAAGGGAAGUAUGUGAUGUCUCAGUCAGUCUUCAGGAUGUUUGUAGAUCUCGAAGUCCAUCACCUCCACCAUUAUCACCCGUACAGACGGAAGGACUUGAAAACUUAAAAGAUGUCGUCUCAGAGCUCUCAGUCUUAGAAAAUAACAGACUUGAAAUAAACAUUAACCAGCCUCCAUUUCUCACACCAGCCGAAAUAAACAGUGAUGAGACCGAUCAUGAAGGUAAAAUACAUAAAACUAAAAAAUUCAGCAUCUCUGAUUCUUUGCUUCUGGAAGACAGUGAUAACUGUACUACAAAUCAGGAAAAAGGUGAAACUACUGUAAUUUUUCAGGACUUAAUGGAUCGUAUUAAUGAAAAAUUAAACUCAAUAGAAACUACAGAUACAGCAAACCUUAUAAAAUUAUCUAGCAGUGAUUGUAAUACAGAUAAUGAUUUAAAGUUAAGAGAUUUAAUAGCCUCUCUCUUGCAUAAUGCCAAGGCCAGUGAUUACAGUUUUAUGGAAUUGCUGAGUCAACAUGAUAAAAAUGUAGAGAAUAAAAUUAUUCAGACAAGAUUUCGAAAGCGUCAAGAAACUUUACUUUCAAUGCACACCUCUCCUGAUUCACCUACGUUUAGAAGGCAGUCUUUGCAAAUAAAACGAGAACUUGCUAGUCUUGAUGAAAAGUUCGUAAGAAAAAAAUACACUGAAAAAAAUUUAAGGAAAUUGACACACAAUGAUGAGGUAUCUUCAAUGGACAGAGAAGAAUUCUGUCAUUGCCAAGGGUCUUUACAAAAUUCUAAAAGUUUGCAGGAUAAUAAUCAUGCAGAAACAUUUUCACCAGAUUGUGCAUUGCAGUCAUUGCAACUACCUCUUCAUAAUUUAGAAACUAACUUAGCUUUUGAUGCUUUUUCAGAAAGCUUUAAAACAACUUCCCCUGGGAAAAUGAGCAUAAGAAAAUUACAGGAGAAAUCUGCAGCUGGAAAAAGACUUUCGCAAAAUCACAAGGAGAAUCCAAAACCGGAGAAAAAUGAAAUUCCUUUGAAAAAUCAUGUGCCUGGACUUUUGAGUAGAACUAAACGACAUAUUGUACCCCCAGGAUGGUAUUCUAUAUAUGUAACAAAUAAUUAUGUUUUCAAAAAAUCCCCCAAGGCCAAAAAAGUUUCUGAAUCUGCCAAAAAAAAAGAUCCAGUGAAAAAUAAUCAAGUUGAAAGCUCACACAAUAUAGAUCUAAACAAAAUUGCGAUGAAUUCUAAUUUACAAGUUGUUGUGGAACGUUUGGAAGAUACAAUAAAUAUGGCCAAAAAGUCUUGGAAUAAUAACUCAUUAUCUGAAGGAUGCAAGACAUCCAAGAAAUUGAUAGAAAUUGAUAGUAAAGAUCAAAAUGCAGGUAGAAAUAUGACUCUAACUGUGAGCAGAAUGACAUGCAAAGAGCAGAGUUUAUCAAAAUCUGUGGUAGCAGCCAGUAAUACCAAAAGCAAUCAUAUACCUGCACUAGAUUUGAAUAGCAAAAGACUUGAUAAUCUGGAAAAGUCCUCUAUUUUAGAUAUGAGUAGCUUGAUUUCUGGUGUUCAAAAUGUGCCAACAAAAUAUGAAGCCAUUGAAACCUCUUCUUUUUCCAGCUAUUCUAGUCCUAUCAAACUCAUGUUUUUAUCUGAGGUUAAAAAUAGUGAAGGAGUCAAAUAUACUUUAACUUCAGUCGGUACUUCCAAGUCAGAUACUGAUCUUCUUUCUGAAAAAUACACAACUCCUCAUAUAACUGAAAAACAACCAGAAACAAAUGAUAUCCCAAAGGCUAACUUUGAAAAUUUUAGUUCUAAUCUUAUUGGUAGGGACACUCUUCGGGGAGAACUAAACAAAUUUAAUUGUGCAAAAGAAACUACAGAAUCCCCUGCAAUUUUUAUAGAUGAUAUGAACAGUGAUAAGCCACAAGACAAACCUAAGGAAAAUCCAAGCGAUGGUAUUGAUUCAUCUUUUAAACGAAAACCAGGCAGACCUAAAAAAAUAGGCCCCCAGGUUGUGAAACAAAUUAAGCGGCCAAUAGGAAGACCACCAAAACCUAAAACCGAUCAAACAGACAUCACCAUUUGCCAAAGUGAAUCUUCUAGUGCUGGAAAGAAAAGCCCAGAAUCCCUCAUAUCAGAAGUUAAAGAAGGUACCUAUAAAAAGAGUAUUACCGUAACUGUUAUUUAUGGAAGAUCAAGAAGAACUAAAAGGCAUGUUUCUGAAGGAACUGUAAACAUAAACAAUGUUAUGUCUUUCAGCAAUAAUGCUGAUUUUCCAACUGAAUGUAAUAGUCUCAGAAAUAUUAGAGAAUACAAAAUUGACUCAGGUGAAAGAAGUGCUAUUUCAAGUUUGACUACUGCAAGUGAAAUCUUGGGGUCUGGCUUUGAAUAUGUUAGACCCAUCAAGAACAAGUGUGUGAUACCUCAACCUUCCAAGAACAUUAUCCGACCAAAUCAGAAGCCUUUUGCAGUGAUUAGGAAGCCUGGUAGACCUGCAAAAGUGAAAAUCUCUGGCAUAUCUGUGACUAUUAAUAGAGUUUCACCUCAGGGGAGAGAAGUAAGUGUUAGCAGCCGCUUGCCUCCUUUAGAACAAGAAAAUAUAUUGGAAAAAAGUCUGGCUGAAGAAAAGUGUGAUCACCAAUGCAAUAAGAUGGACACAAGGCACACUGAUGCUGACCUAUUUAAGGAUGGAUCAAAAAGUAUGGUUGCUACUAUACCUUUGAGACAUUCUAUUAGGGAUAGGAAACCAUCUCUCCAUCUCCUACAUCCAUUAGCAUCUUCUAGCUCACUUAUUUAUAGAAAUGCUCUGCUCCAUAAAUCAUAUAAACUCCAUUUGCAGAAAGGUAAAAAUCAGAAAGAAAAAUAUAGGCAGUCAAUGAUAAAAAUAGCUUCAAAAUGCACCCCUGGGCCUAGAAAUUCAAAUAAUGCAAAAAUGUGUUUGGAAGAUAACAAAAUAAUACCCAUUUCUGAAGUAUCUUUGGACCCUAUAAUUUCAUCAAACCCUUUGCUCAGGUGGUGGGCUGCUUCUACUUCAAAUGAUUCCUUAUUAGAGGAAUUAAACAAUAGAUUUGAGCAAAUAACAAAUGCUUGGGUGCAAGUAAGUGGAGAUGAAGCUGAAAAUUGUGUUCAUAAAAAAAGAGAAUGCAUUGAAAAUGGUAAUUUUAAAAUAGCAAACCCUUUGGAAACCUGUCUUUUAGAACUUGAAGUUUCACCUGUAAAAAUGCUUUUUCGGAAAAAGUAUGAUUUGAAUGAACUCUGUAUCUGGUUUAUGCAAACAACAGAAACACAGUCUCUUUCACUAGUUAGAAAAGCAAAUGCUCGAAACCCUUUGGAAGUAAUAAAUACCAGAGGAAUUAAAUUAGGGACCAAAUAUUCUCAUUUUAACACCAGCCCCUUCAGAAAGCACUUUAAAAAAUUUGCACUAUCUUCUCCUUCAAAAUCAGCAGGGAAGUUGCAGAUACUGCAUAAAAUGGUUAGCUCUCCACUGUUAAAUGUGAAAAGUAAUUUAACAUUAGCUAGAUUAAAAAGAACUGAGUUUAAGAGGUUGCAACAUGAAAGGUGGAAAAGAGAGGGAAAGCUGCACAACCAUGGAACAGUUGAUUGGAUCUCUAAAAGAAGCAACUUACGAUUUUUCUACCAGAAUCAAUUUUUUAAAAAGACUGAGGGGGAAACAAAUGCUGACAUCCCACUCCAAGGAAAAAACACCGUAGAUAAUCAGUUUAUUUUGCCACCUGAGAUCAGAGAUGACUCUUUGCAACAGAAGGCGGCAAAGUCUGACUUGAAAACACAUGCUAAUUUAGAGAAUAAUUUUAAGUCAGAAGCGAAGGAGAAUGGAACAAAUUGCUGCCAAAAAGAUUUUGAAAAAGGACCAAGACUAGGAAAUGUAUAUCCAAAUAACUGGAGGUCAAAAACCUUAAAAGAUUGUAGAAUAUUUUUGAGGAAGAUCAACUAUCUUGAACACAGAAAUACUUUUAAGCUAAAUACGAUCAUUUACUCUCCUGAAUCUACUGACAAUGGAACUAAUCAUCAGACUCACAUAGAAGAAUCAAAGCGCUUUACCUUAAGAUCCCACACUGCUAGGCAAAAUUCUUUUAAAAAGCCAUCUAAAGAAAUAGAAAAUGCUGAAACAAAUAGUCCUUCAACCAAUAAAUUUCCUGGCCAACUUGACAAUAGUAAAUUAAGUAAAUGUGUUAAUUAUGACAAGAAUCCUGAUAGUUCUGACGUUCUUAGCAAAUUGAACAAAAGAAAAAGACCACCAUGGAAGACCACAGAAAUGUCAACAAAAAGAUAUAAACGACAGUCUUGCAACAGUGGACAAAUGGCAAACUAUUAUUCAAAAUCCCAACUAGGAGACAGUGAACUAGAUUCCAUGGAUAUAAAGAUGAGGAUUUCUUUCCAGAGAUAAUCUGUAGCCUAGCAAGGGAGAAAGUCAUAUACAGGUAAUUUUAAGCAUGCUACAAAUGAAACCUGAUGAGAAACUGAAUUUGUCUGAUGGGAACACAGCAAGUUGCCCUUUGAGCCCCG